AUGAGGGAAGCUGAAGCCCUUGCUGAUAAGGAAAAGUGGAAAGAAUUCAAUGCUCUCCUGGCCGUCAUGAUCUAUGGAUUAGUGAUGUUCCCGAAUAUUCCAAAUUUUGUUGAUCUCACUGCCAUUUGUCUCUUCAUGGAUCAAAAUCCUGUACCCACUCUGUUGGCCGACACUUAUUAUGCCAUCCAUUCUAGGUAUGGGAAAAAAGGAUCAGUUGGGGGUUGUUUACCAAUACUGUACGAAUGGUUUUCUUCACAUUUGCCUAAAAGCGGAGCAUUUGUCACUACAAGAGAUUCACAGAAGUGGCCCCAAAGGAUUAUGGGACUUACUGCAAAUGAUAUUGUUUGGUAUCACCUCCGAACAGACAUCGAGCAAGUUAUAACCAGAUGUGGCAGUUUUGGCAAUGUUCCUCUCAUAGGGACAAAAGGAGUUAUCAACUAUAAUCCGAAGCUAGCACUGCGCCAGUUGGGUUUUGUACUGAAGGACAAGCCUUUGGAUAAAGAGAUAUUUGAGUCCGUUUGCUUUGAGAAAGGAACCGAUCCAGAAGGUUUGGAGAAAGUAAGGAGUGCGUGGAACAAAAUUCAUACAGAAGACCGAACUACCUUGGGGGGAAAGAAUGCUAUUGCUAAGAAAGCUUAUACUGAAUGGGUUGAAGAGAGAGUUAAGGAGCGCUUGUUGCCUUUCCCGAAGGUUAGCCCUCUCUAUGAACAACCACCUGAGAUUUUAACUGCCACUGUACCAGCUGAGGAGUACAACCAAGUACAUGUGGAGAAUAUCCGGUUGCGAGAAAAAUGGGAGGAUGCUAAAAUAAAGUACUUCUUGGUGGAUCAGAAAAGGGCUGAAUUAGCACAUGAGGUUAAAAUGCUGAAAGGAGGAUCUUCUAGAGUUCAAAAAAGGGCUAGAACUGAAAAGGGUGAAAGAGCUACCACUGUUCGUAUUGAGGACCAUCAAAGGGUUAUAGAAGAAGCGGUGAAGAAAACAGAAGAAAAGCUCAAGCGAGAAUACAGAGAAGAUUUAAGGGCUCACAAGCUCAGAGUAGAGAAAGAGGCUAGGGCCGAAGUUUUAUCUUUCAACAAUUGCACCUCCGCCUACACAUCGCUACUACACAAGGGCUAA